UGGAGGUACUGUCAAGGAAAGUGACAGGUUAAAAAUGGUGGAUGAGGCAACGAAGAAAUCGCUAACUUGUAUACCUGUUCUUAAAACAAAGGCUGGUCCCCGUGAUAAAGACUUGUGGGUACAGAGACUGAAAGAAGAGUACCAAGCUUUAAUUCAGUAUGUACAAAAUAAUAAAGGUGCGGAUAAUGACUGGUUCCGGUUGGAGUCUAAUAAAGAAGGAACUAGGUGGUUUGGAAAGUGUUGGUAUAUCCAUAACCUACUAAAAUAUGAAUUUGACAUUGAAUUUGAUAUUCCGGUGACUUAUCCAGCCACAGCUCCAGAAAUAGCACUACCAGAACUUGAUGGAAAGACUGCAAAAAUGUAUAGAGGUGGAAAGAUUUGCUUAACAGAUCACUUCAAACCAUUAUGGGCUCGUAAUGUUCCAAAAUUUGGCAUAGCUCAUGCCAUGGCAUUAGGACUUGGACCAUGGCUUGCUGUAGAAAUUCCUGACAUGAUUGAAAAAGGAGUUAUUUCAUAUAAGGAAAAGACAGAAGGGUGACUGUGCUGGGCACUAGAUCAACAAAUUUAUACAGCAGAUAAGGUGGUUAAACUUUGAUUGGGUUGUAAUUGGGAUCCUGCAAGUGUGAUAUUCAGAACUGUAAGUUCAGUUUCUUAAGCUCACUGCAUUGUCUGAUUGAUAAAAUUGUCAAUUAUGGUCUUCUGCGGUUUACUUAAAAGACAUUCUCAAUAGUACAGAUUGUACAGUAUCAAAUUAUAGGAUGAUUAGUAAAUAAUGCAUUGGGAAGAAUGUGGAAAAAAGUGGUUAUGGGUUUGGUGUACUAUGCUGGAAGUUGCCUGGAGGGAAUGAGGAAAACUACAAAAAAGAACUUAAAUCUCUGCGCAGUAAUUUGAACCUAGGGCCUCCUCAAAUAUGAAGCAGAAAUGCUAGCCACACAACUGUGAUGUUUAGUAAUUAGGGUACUGAUCACUAGAAUGUUGAGCAUAUUUCAAAAUUCAAUAUUAACAAGUGACAUACUAUUUUGGGUUUGUUUAAGAAUGAAGUCACAGCCGACCACAGCUCACAAACACAUAACCUCUUUGCUAUAAGUAUCAUACCUUUCAUGAUAUAGACCCAGAACUCCAGAUUCAUGCAAACAAGUUAUUACACUGACUUCAUUUCCAACAUGCAUUAAAAAAAGGCCUUGAAAACAGUGUUCUGCCAUUUGAAAUUACCCAUACCACCAUUUGACCAAGAAUAAUAGACAUUAUGUCCAUAUGUGACAGACCUUGGUAUUCUUGUACAGUAUGGUGCACAAAAUAGUUCCCUUUCUGGGAAUCUCAUGGUUACUAUAACCAUUAUUUAAUGGUACAGAUCUCCAGUAUACACAGAUACCAAGACUUGGAGGUCUGUACUUGGUGGAUUAUGUAUUCGGUAUGGUCUCUGUUCUGCCAUACAUCUGAAAGAUGAAUGUGUAUGUUCAGGAAUUCACCUUGUCAAAUGUCUGCCAUAAUUUUGUACAGUCUGGCAACCAGGGUAACAAGGCCAGCUUUUGGAUAGAGGGGGGACAGUUUUUCCUUUAUGAAUUAUUAAUGAUUAAUGUCUGAACCUCACCCAGUGUUAACCUUAGUGUGAAAGUCUGAUGGUGGGGUCUAAUUCCCUCCUGAUUCAUAUCUACAAAAGAAGACUCCCUGGGAUUUUAAACGGUCCUGUUAACUUUCAUUCGGUGUUUGCAUCACAGCAAACUCUUUCUUGGUAGUAUUUUGUAUGGUGGGUGCAUAACUGAGCAUCAUGCCUCAAAAUUGCAUUACUCGUACUGCCUGUGGAACAUUUUUCUGCUUCUUAAAUGAGGUCUCUGGUGUGUGCUAUACAUAUUAUUGAUCAUUAAACUUUAAGUUAAAAUAACAUUUAUUGGCUAUUAAUCAUCUGGCACUUUUGAAUGGGAGCAGCUAGAUCCAGACUGGUACUUAGAGAAUUAGCACCCUAAUUGAUUGUUUUGUCUUUCUGGUAAUUUGGCAUAUUUUGGGAGGAAUUUCAUUAACCAGUAAUAUUACAAACUGAGGUUUGAAUUUUAUGUGCUGCUGCACUCUUGUACUAUAUAUUACAAUGAAAUAUUUGUCUUUAUGAAACAUGAUAUAUUGUAUUUCAUAAACCAGACAUUGUUUUUAGUUACUUUUUACAUUACCUUAACAUUAAGAGUGAAAUAUGAAUGGCAUUAAGCAGAAGACGUUUCUGCUUCUGUUUUUGUUAUUGUUCAUUUAUUUCAAAUAAAUAAAUAUAGCAUAUGUAAUAUAUGAAAAAACUGAAAUAUAUAUAUGUAUAUAUCUGCAAAAAAAAGUACACUGUAACCCAACUAAACCAAAUCCUAAAGUAAUUCAAUGAAGGCAUAUUGUAUUUUAGUGUCAUAUUGUAGAUAUAUUAUUUUACAUGAUUUGGCACUUUGUGGCUGUCAUCAGGUAAAAUAUUUACACUCUCUCUCUCUGUGAUUUUUGCCUACAUUGGCCAAUGUUUACAACUGGGGGAGAUUUUAUAUGUUGGCGUUAACACUGACAACAUGUAUGACCUCCCCCAGUUGUAAACACUGGCUAAUGUAGAGGAAAAUAGCAAAGUUGAUGACUAUAAAGUGCCAAAAUGUGUUGUAAAAUAAUAAUUUAUACACGAUUAUGGUGAUCGAAUCAAUAAUAAGUAAUUCAAUGAAGAGUAUGUUGCAUAAUUUGGCGAUGGCAUGAAGUAAGAAGUGUCAAACCCAGAAGACAAUACUUUUCAUAGUCACCAGUGUGAAAACCUCAGAUCCAACAUUUCAAUGAAAUCUUUCCAGGCAAUCAGCCAUGUCAGUUUUGAGUUAAUAUCCAGUGUCUCAGAGAAUUCAUCUCCAUCAUUAGGAAUUGAUGUGUGUGCAUGUACUUGAAAAUAAAAACCAGUUUAUAAGGGAACUGAAGAAUUUACUCAUUAAUGGGUGUUACUACUCAAAUGAAGACUAUAUGAAUGAUAAAUUCCUAAAUACUGGAUAAUGAUACAUGCUAGAGGUAAACAAUUGUUACAUAUUUUGUUAGCUAUUCGUUAAGAAUUAUUUUUUUGCUAAUUUUAUAAUAUCAAAUGACAUGUCCUACAUCAGUGUAAUCUGAUCUAUUGGAUUAAUAAACAUGAAUGAAUGAAUAUG